AUGGAAGAUGCAAGUGCUACCUUUCUGACCGAAGGCAUAUCUGAUCAUUUCCCAUGUAUUAUCAAUCUGGAUAAUACUAUUCUUAGAAGGGCUAGAUCCUUCAAGUACUGUAAUAUGUGGAGUAUGGCUGAGGAAUUUAUGGACAUUGUAGAUGAAUAUGGGCAGCAAAAUGUGUCAGAAAAUGAAACUUUGAUGGCUUUGACAAAGUUAACUACAAUUCAGACUGAAAUACACACUGAGCCUCUAAAUCUAGACCUUCAUCACCAAGAAGAAGCAGCUAUGCAGGAGUAUCAAAGGCUUAAUAAGGAAAAGAAGAAUGCAGAUCAGUUGUAUAGAAUUCAAAAUGUUGCUGAUGUUUGGAAGGAAGAUAGUCAAGGAAUUGAAGAAGCUUUUGUGCAAUACUAUGAAGGUCUUUUGGGGACUGAUGACAACACAUGUUACAGUGUGAGUGAGAGCAUUGUUAAAGAAGGCCCUAUCCUUACUUCUGAGCAUCAACAUAAAUUUUGUGUCCCUUUCACUGAAGCUGAUGUGAAGGCAGCUGUAUUUGAUAUUGAUGAUACAACAGCUGCAGGCCCUUAUGGCUAUUCUAGUAACUUUAUAAAGAAAGCCUGGGAUAGAAUUGGGAAUGAUAUUAGUCAAGCUGUGUUGAAUUUCAUCCACUUUAGAAAAAUUUUAAAACAAAUCAAUGCAACUACUUUGUGCUUAGUGCCUAAAUGUGAGCGACCUCAAAAUGUUACUCAAUUCAGGCCCAUAGCUUGUUGCAAUGUCAUCUAUAAAGUCAUAUCAAAGAUUACUUGUUGUUCAAGGUUGAAUGAAGUGCUACCUGUUUUCGUGGAUCAAUUGCAGAGUGCCUUCAUAGAGAAGAGAAUGAUUAUGCAUAAUAUCCUAAUUUGCCAGGAUAUGCUGAAGCAAUACAUAGAAGUAGAAGCCUGCCUUCCAGGUGUACAAUGA